GGCACUGCAACAGUGUCAUCAUGCAAGUGUCCUAUCUCCCUCAGACACUCCAGGGGCGGUGAAGGUCAGGGGUAAGAGGAGCUGGCAGAUUCCGGGUGGUGUUAUGAGAAUGGUGGCCGCCACAUGUUCUGAGCAGUACUCAGGUUCUACGGUACUUUUUGAGCCUUUGGAUGCUGGUUUGCCUGCGGGGUUGCUGGCUUCCCCUUCUUUAGUUUGCGUUAUAAGGGGUACAGCCUAUAUACCUGUUAUUAAUGUUGGCUGCAACGAUGUUAUGUUGUACCCCCGCACUGUUGUUGGCACACUGGACUUCGUGAACGUGGUCAGCCUUCCUGCAGGAGUCACCGAGGUGCCAUCAAAUGUGGCCACUGUGUCUUCCCAGACAGCUUCACCCAGUGUGCAGCAACAGGUGGACGAUGUGGAUGUGUCGCCAUUGUCGGUUGGUGAACAGGGUCAGGUGAGGUCACUACUUGGACAUUACGCUUCAGUUUUCUCCACCAGUGACACCGAUCUGGGUUGUACUAACCUCAUCUCCCACGACAUUCCUUUGAUUGAUGAUACUCCAGUGGCGCAGCGUUAUAGGCGCAUUCCACCCUCAGAGUAUGAGGUGGUGAAGGAACACAUCAAUCAACUGCUCUCAUCUCAAGUAAUUCGGGAGAGUAGCAGCCCCUACGCGUCCCCGAUUGUGUUGGUACGGAAAAAGGGUGGCAAACUACGCAUGUGCGUUGAUUACCGGCAGCUUAAUCGUAAGACCCGCAGAGACGCCUUCCCUCUACCACGCAUAGAAGAGUCUUUGGACGCAUUGUCCGGUGCUUGCUGGUUUUCAACCCUGGACUUGACCAGUGGCUGUCACCAGGUGCCAGUCACUGAGACCGACCGGCCAAAGACCGCGUUUUGUACACCUUUCGGUUUAUUUGAGUGGAACAGAAUGCCUUUUGGGCUCUGUAAUGCGCCCAGCACUUUCCAAAGGUUGAUGCAACGCAUCUUUGGUGACCAGCAGUGUCAGUCUUUAUUGUUAUAUCUUGAUGAUAUUGUUGUGUUCUCCUCCACUAUUGAACAGCAUCUGGAGCGACUCAAAGUGGUGCUGGAGCGGCUUCAAUGCGAGGGGCUUAAAGCCAAGCUCAGCAAGUGCUCGUUCUUUCGUAAAGAGGUGCACUACUUGGGCCAUGUGAUAUCGGCUGAUGGUGUCUCCACAGAUCCGGCCAAGAUUGAAGUGGUUGCUAAUUGGCCGUUUCCCGCUACUGCCUCGGAGCUUCGUUCUUUCCUUGGUUUCGCCAGUUAUUACCGGCGGUUUGUGGAGGGAUUCGCUAAACUGGCAGCUCCUCUGCAUAGGGCUGUGGCUGAGUGUGGUGGCACCAAGAAGCCUGACCAGCGGUUUUCCAGGUGUUGGACUGAAGAGUGUAACAAGAACUUUGAAACACUGAAAGCGAAGCUCACCACUGCGCCCGUGUUGGCUUAUGCAGACUUCACCCUUCCAUUCAUUCUGGAGGUCGAUGCAAGCUAUGGUGGCUUGGGCGCAGUCCUCUCUCAGACUCAGGCGGGCAAGGUGAGGCCGAUAGCCUAUGCUAGCAGGGGCCUGGGACCUACAGAGAGGAACAUGGCGAACUAUAGCUCUAUGAAACUCGAGUUCUUGGCCCUUAAGUGGGCCAUGACAGAGAAGUUCAGAGAGUACUUGUUGGGAAAUAGAUGUGUUGUGUAUAACAACCCCCUCAGUCAUUUGUCUUCUGCUAAGCUGGCUGCUACUGAGCAGAGGUGGGCAGCCCAGCUAGCCUCUUUCGAUUUCGAAAUCAAGUAUCGAUCAGGGAAGAGCAACACCAAUGCCGAUGCUCUCUCUCGUCAGCACCCAUCUGGUCCCCAGGAUGUAGAGGCGAUGCUUCCAGGGACAGCCAUACCGAAGGCUUUGCAGCAAGCGUUGGGUUUGGGAAAGGCAGAGGCCACCCAAGCUACCAUCACAGCCAUGCCACAGCUUACUCCGCCUGAACUUCGUCUCGCUCAACAGACUGACCCUGUGAUACAGGAACUGUUGGUGUUUUGGAGGAGGAAGCAGCGUCCUAGUAGUGAGGAGCGGGCACAGCUCUCCCAAGCUACGCUAGUGUUGCUGCGGCAGUGGGAUCGCCUGCUUGAGAGGGAUGAUGUCCUGUACCGAAAAGUGUUCCGACCUGAUGGUGCUGAAGCCAUGUACCAGCUGUUGUUACCCAAUGUACUGAGAGACGAGGUCCUGACCCAAGUGCACCAAGAGCAUGGUCACCAGGGGGUGGAGCGAACACUGGCGCUUCUCCGGUCUCGAUGCUACUGGCCUGCUAUGUCCUCCGAUGUAGCCCGUUGGUGUCAGCAAUGUGAGAGGUGUCAAGUGGCCAAGGAUGUUCACCCAAGGGUGCACGGAGUCAUGGGACAUCUCUUGGCUUCCCGCCCCAACGAAAUCCUUGCCAUCGACUACACUACUCUAGAGCCGGCCCAGAAUGGUCUAGAGAGCGUUUUGGUCCUUACUGAUGUUUUUAGUAAGUACACCAUGGCUAUCCCUACUCGGGACCAGCGCGCAACCACUGUAGCAAGGGUUUUGGUGUCAGAGUGGUUUUAUAAGUUUGGUGUCCCCGCUCGUUUGCAUUCUGACCAGGGCCGUAACUUCGAAAGCUCGCUCAUUCAACAAUUGUGUAACUUGUAUGGUAUCGUAAAAUCACGUACUACCCCGUACCACCCCGAAGGAAAUGGUCAAUGCGAGCGGUUUAACCGGACACUCCACAACCUGCUGCGUACUCUGCCAGUGUCUCGUAAAAGGGAUUGGCAUACGUGUCUUCCUCACGUCCUUUAUUGUUACAACACGACUCCCCACCAAUCAACGGGAGAAUCUCCCUUUGCCUUGAUGUUCGGGCAGGAACCAAGGCUACCACUCGAUUUCUUGUUGGGUAGGGUCGAGAGCCCGGUCGGGGGGUCCAUCCAUGAGUGGGUGCAAGAGCAUCAAGCCCGCUUGGAGGUGGCCUUUGAAGGCGCAAGGGAGCGCUUGAAACAUGCUGCCGCUCGGCGAAGGCGAGUCCAUGAUCAGCAUGUAAUAGAUUUGCCUUUGCAGGAAGGGCAGUUGGUGUACUUGCGCGACUUCAGGGCCAGGGGGCCCCAGAAGACCCGAGAUCGGUGGAGCUCGAUGAAGUAUCGAAUGUUGAGGAUGCCUAGAGAGGGUGGCUCAGUGUAUACUAUUGCGCCAGUAGACGAUGAGACAAAGGGCAGACAGGUCCACCGCACUAUGCUGAAGGCGGUCGUAGGGGUGGACUCACCUCGUCCUGCCUCUUCCCACAACUCGUCACCCAGGGACGAACCAUCUCCAGAAGAGGAGCCUCCAUUUGAGUAUGAUUUGUUAGUCCUUGACCAACGACCUUUUGUGGCAAAUUCUGCCAUACCAUCCGCCGGACCAAUUAUGUCCCAAGGGCCUUCAUCAAUUCCAAACCCGGGGGCAUCCUCAUGUUCUCCUUUGGUCACUUGCCCUGAUUCCAGCAACAUGGGUCCACGCCGGACCCCACGUCAAACGGCUGGUCAGCACCCGAAUGUGCAUCGUCUUCCGCGGCCUGCUGGAGAGGCGCAAGUGGCCAACCCUUCUGCUUCUGUGUCCAACUCAGUGUCUGCCUUGUUUAGACCCUGGAGAAAGUCAGGGAUUAAGGAGCAAUGGACAGUUUUCACCUCGUCCGUCGGUGGGAAACUAGCACCCACCGAACUGCAGAGCCAAAGUUCUGGUGGGGGGUUGCCUGGCUCGAGUAACGUGUCCGUCGGAUCUAGCUUAAUCUCAUCAUGUCCCCAUUUAGAUGUACUCAUUGGUGGGGUCCCGGUACCAUGCCUAAUAGACACCGGGUCAAUGGUGUCUACCGUCACCGAGACCUUCUUUUUGAAUCACUUUGAACCCUGGGGCUCUGACCGUCUGCGCUCUUGUCAAUGGCUACAGCUCCGGGCAGCCAAUGGGCUGAGCAUACCCUACGUCGGCUAUUUAGAACUGGAUGUUGAGCUUUGUGGAAAGUCCAUAGCACAGUGCGGUGUUCUGGUUGUGAGAGACCCACCUGGGGGGAUUGGCCUCCAGGCACCUGGUGUGCUCGGCAUGAACAUUUUGAAUAAAUGCUACCAUGAGCUUUUUGGGCAGCAUGGUCUGGCCCUCUUCGGACUGCCCUCUGUCUCUCAGGCUCAUGGUGCUGUUGCUGAGGCUCUACAGCGGUGUCAUUUUGCAGAAACUCACCCCAUAAGGCCAGGGAGGGUCAAAGUCCGUGGAGGCCGAGCCCAUCGUAUCCCGGGUGGCACUAUGGUUAUGGUAGCUGCUACAUGUUCAGCACAGUUUUCCGACACCUCGGUAUUGUUUGAGCCCACGGACAGAGGACUUCCUGCGGGCUUGUUGGCCUCGCCAUCUCUGAUCCGGGUGAGCCGUAGUACUAGCUACAUACCGAUAGUUAAUGUGGGCACGGAAGAUGUGUUACUGUAUCCUCGCACCGAUUUGGGAAGUUUGUGUUGUGUGCAAGUGGUGAGUUUGCCCGCAAGUGUCACCGAGGUCAACACUGUGAUGGCCACUGUUGCCUCCCAGAUGGUUACAUCAUCAGUACCAUCCCAGAUUGAGGAAAUUGACCUCUCUGUCUUGGAGGCUUCAGACCAGGAAAGGGUCCGGAAUUUGCUACGGCGGUUCAGCGGAAUCUUUGCCUCCCAUGAUGGGGACCUGGGUUGUACUAACCUCCUCUCUCAUCAGAUUCCACUAGUCGAUGAGGCGCCAGUUCGACAACGAUACAGGCGUAUCCCCCCAUCGGAAUAUGAGAUGGCUAAGGCUCAUAUCAAUUUAUUGAUGGAGGCACAAGUUAUCACUGAGAGUUGUAGCCCAUAUGCGUCCCCUAUAGUGUUGGCCCGAAAGAAGGAUGGUAGUCUCCGCAUGUGUGUUGACUACCGCCAACUAAACGCGAAGACACGCAAAGACGCUUUCCCUCUUCCUCGCAUCGAGGAGUCCCUCGAUGCAUUGACAGGAGCCCACUGGUUCUCUACUAUGGACCUAGCCAGCGGGUAUCACCAGGUCCCUGUUGCGGUGGGUGAUCGUGCCACUGCCAAGACGGCCUUCUGUACACCUUUCGGCCUUUUCGAAUGGCAGCGAAUGCCAUUCGGCCUUUGUAACGCGCCAGCAACCUUUCAAAGGUUGAUGGAAAGGAUUUUUGGGGACCAGCAAUGUCAAACCUUGUUGUUGUACUUGGAUGACAUUGUGGUCUUUUCUACUUCUGUUUCCCAACACCUGGAACGUUUGGAACUUGUUCUGGGGCGUUUGCAGCAUGAGGGCCUUAAGGCCAAGUUGAGCAAAUGUGCAUUUUUCAAACAGGAGGUUGGCUACCUCGGUCACGUCAUUUCGAGUCAGGGGGUGGCGACAGACCCUAAAAAGAUUGAGGCAGUGGCUAGUUGGCGUUGCCCUAGCACCGUCUCGGAGGUGCGUUCUUUCUUGGGGUUCGCCAGCUACUACCGCCGGUUUGUGGAGGGUUUUGCCAAGGCGGCGGCCCCCCUCCACAAGCUGGUGGCGGCGCUGGGUGGCACUAAAUCAAAGCGAGGCCCGGGCCAAAGUUUGCUGUCCCAUUGGUCUGAAGAGUGCCAGCAAAGCUUUGAUGCCCUAAAGAGAAAGCUGACCACGGCCCCUGUCCUUGCCUACGCCGAUUUCAGCUUGCCAUUUAUCUUAGAAGUGGAUGCGAGUUACAGCGGAUUAGGGGCUGUUCUAUCUCAGGAACAGGGGGGGAAGGUGCGCCCUAUAGCUUAUGCCAGCCGUGGUCUUAGGCCCACUGAGCGCAACAUGUCCAACUACAGUUCUAUGAAGUUGGAGUUCGUCGCGCUCAAGUGGGCCCUCACCGAAAAGUUUAGGGAGUACCUGUUGGGGCAGCGCUGUAUUAUCUUUACGGACAACAAUCCCCUAAGUCACCUGUCUACUGCAAAACUAGGAGCAUUAGAGCAGCGCUGGGUUGCCCAGAUGGCUCCAUUCGACUACGAGAUCAAAUAUCGCUCCGGCAGACAGAACCGCAAUGCGGAUGCUCUGUCGAGGCAGAACCCCUCGGACCAUCCUGUUUUGGCGGAUUUGGCCCUGGGCAUGACCCUUCCAACUGCCUUACAGCAAGUUGAGCAGGCACAGCCAGUAACGCAGGUGGUUCAAGCGGUGGCUACGGCGUUCCCUGAUAACAAAACCUCCCAUUUGCACUCUAGUCAGGAACAAGAUCCUGUCUUCCAGGAGGUUGUGCCACAUUGGAGGCGAGGUGUUAAACCUGGGCCUGCUGAGAGACAGCGAAUGUCCAAGUCGGCAUUGGUUCUCUUACGCCAGUGGGACCGACUAGUGGAAAGGGAAGGUGCCAUAUACCGUAGGGUGUUUCGUUCAGACGGAGCAGAGGAAUAUUUCCAACUGUUGCUUCCUGCUAAGUUGAAGUCUGAUGUUCUGACCCAGCUACAUCAGGAGCAUGGCCACCAGGGGGUGGAGCGCACCUUGGACUUGGCCCGCAAACGGUGCUAUUGGCCCGGGAUGUCCUCCGAUGUGGCUCGUUGGUGCCUUGAGUGCGAGCGAUGUCAAACUGCAAAAGACACUAAACCCCCAGCACGUAGCUUCAUGGGGCAUUUGUUGGCCUCAAGGCCAAAUGAGGUACUUGCUGUGGAUUUCACGUCACUGGAACCGUCUCGGUCGGGUGUGGAAAAUGUUCUAGUCAUGACUGACGUGUUCAGUAAGUUUUCGCUGGCCAUCCCAACCCAGGACCAGCGUGCCUCCACCGUGGCAAGAGUGCUUGUCCAUGAGUGGUUUUACAAGUUCGGUGUCCCUGCUCGCAUCCAUUCCGACCAAGGUCGUUGUUUUGAGGCAAUUCUCAUCCAACAACUUUGCCAGCUCUAUGGUGUGGAGAAAUCACGCACCACGCCCUACCAUCCUGCCGGUAAUGGCCAGUGUGAGCGGUUUAACCGCACCCUACAUAACCUCCUCCGUACUCUGCCAGCAUCUCGAAAAAGAGAUUGGGUUGCGUGCCUCCCACAGCUGCUCUUCUGUUAUACCCCGCAUUCAGCAACCGGUGAGUCCCCUCACUUCCUGUUGUUCGGCCAGGAGCCACGCCUACCGCUUGACUUUUUGCUGGGAACAGUACCCGACCCUGUAGCCGGGACGGUGCAUGAUUGGAUUGACGAACACCAAGCCAGGCUGCAAGUCGCCUUUCAGGGGGCUGAAGGCCGGCUUCGAGCUGCAGCCGGUAAACGGAAAGAGGCCCAUGACCGUCAGGUUAAAGAUCUACCACUGGGGGAGGGUGAGUUGGUCUACCUCCGUAACCUCAGUAGGAGGGGCUGCCACAAAAUUCAGGACCUGUGGAGCCCAGUGGUAUACGAGGUUAUCAAAGCCCCCCCAGUAAACGGGGCGGUGUACACUAUUGCUCCAGUGACUGAUCGGAGCAAAGUCCGACAGGUACAUCGUGGUCUCAUUAAAGCCCGGCUAGGGAGCGAUGCACCGGUAGGCCCGCCUUACACAAGUCCGCCAGUCGUUGAGACUGUUGUCGUGACGGAGGACGACAUGGAUGUUGAUCUGGCGUUCUUGCCCCCGACGUCACUGCUACAUCCAGUAGCGACGCCUGUUGUUGCCCUUGCUUGUCCGGGCCCCCAGGUGUUGCCUGCUGACCCCCCAACAUCAUCGGCUGGACCAAGAUCUACUGUGGUAAACACCAGUAUCCCAGCCAGCCCCUCCCCUAGUCUAGACACUCAAACUAGUACUAGCGGAGUGGUUCAUACUGACGGUACACCCGUAGUACGGGUGGUAGAGAGUCUGGAUCAGGUAGAGGUCAGUAUGCCAGUGGUCCCAGAGUCGAGCAUUGGUGGAGUGGCUCUACGCCGGACAUGUAGAACCAUGGCAGGCCAACAUUCUAACAUUCACCAUUUACCUCAGACAGCCGGCCAGAUGGGGGUGUGCCCCAGUGGCCCUGUGUCGAGUCCAGUUGGUGCUGCUCUUCAAACCCAGGGUUCGAAUGGGGCUGCCAACCGGCCUAUCGUCGGGACGCCGACUGAAAAUGUGGGGGUAGAUUGUGGUGAGACGCAGGGGCAGAGCCCUUUGUAAUGAUCAGGGCCGUCACAGCCAAUGGCUUGCGUCUCCACCUUAUUUAUUCUGAGGUAGCUUUUUGUGUCGGGAGGUGCCACAAUUUGUCUCCUCGUUAUUUCCUGCUACGCCCCUCCAGGCCACUUGCUACCGGUAUGUACGCGUGCUUUCCCUAUGGACGCUCUGGCUGAUUUGUUUGGCAUGGUGAUUUACUUUUUCACACUGGUCGCUUUGCAGCGCUUGUGCCUGUUGCUUGCUGGUGCCUGCUGGUGCCCUGCCUUGGUUGGUGAUGCGUGCAGGUUGUUGAUCGCGUAACAG